UCACGGAUCCACGACAGAGCAGAGGAAAUGUCCCCAACAAACGCCAGCCUGUCGUUGUAUGUGGCGAUGGAAAACCCGAACUUUACGCACGGAUCCGGCUCCGGCAACGAAACGACGGCCCGGCACUCACAAGCGGCCAGCGUCCCGACGGUGAUCGCUUUGCCCAUUUUCAUGUUUGCCGGGGGCGCCAUUGGGAAUUUGAUCGCAAUAAUCGUCCUUUCAGUAUCCAGACAGGAGAGGAAAUCCUCAGCUUUCUACACGCUGGUGUGCGGUCUGGCGGUGACGGACCUGCUGGGCACCUGCCUGGCCAGCCCGCUCACCAUAGCCAACUACCGGGACCAGAAUGUGCUGAGAGACGGCCGGGUCUGCGAGUUUCACUCCUUCCUCUUGCUGUUUUUCGGUCUAACGGGGCUGAGCAUUAUAUUCGCCAUGGCAGCGGAGCGGUACCUGUCGAUAUGCUGCCCCUACACCUACCAGCGGUGGGGCGUGGACCGGCGCUUCGCGCAGAGGUUCCUGCUCUUCAUUUACAUCAGUCACAUUUUGUUCUGCUGCCUCCCGAUGAUGGGCAUGGCGAGCAGCGAGCUGCAGUCCUCCGGCACCUGGUGCUUCAUCGACUGGAGGACGCACGAGCUGGUGGCCGCCACUUACUCCGUCCUGUACGGCGUCGCCAGCGUGCUGCUCAUCCUGGGGACCAUCGUGCUGAACCUGGCGGUGUGCGGCGCGCUGCUGCUCAUGCGAGAGCGGACGGUGCAGCGGCGCGCCGCCAGGGCCAGCGUGCGGGAGAGGUGGCGGGAUCUGUCCUCGGCCGCAGAGACGCAGAUGAUGGCGGUGCUGGUGAUGACCUCCGCGGUGGUUCUGGCCUGUUCCGCGCCGCUGGUGGUCCGCGUGUUUGCCAACCGCUUCAUGCCGAAGGACGACCCGAACGCGGACCUGGCUGCCAUCAGGAUCGCCUCCGUCAACCCCAUCCUCGACCCCUGGAUCUACAUCCUCCUCCGGAGGUCUCUGUUUCGGCGGUUACUCGGUUUGUCCAGGCGAGGCAGCAGCGCGCGCAGUAGCUUUUGCUCCACGCCGCAGAGGAACGUGUUCUACCCCGAGGCGACGAGCGACGGCCGCGCGUUCGCCCAGCUGCCUCGCAGCGCGAGCACCGUCGGCCAGCCGCCGGCUGGUGUCGGACCCGCGCCGUGCGACGCCGGGAGCGGGCGGCCGAGCUAAAAACGCGGCGGACCGAAGACAGAAGCUCGACGCCCGCGCCGCGGACUCCGUCUCGGAGCCGGAAGGAGCCCCCUCGGAGCUCCUUCGCUGGAUUGUUUGGGAGAUAAAAGUGGGGCUGGGGGGGGGGCUGCGCUGACCUCGUCUGUGCGGACGCCUCCUGCAGGAACACGGGGCUGACGAGAAAAAGCUCUUUGACUCGGACGCUAUUGCGGAAGCGCAACAGUAAGACAUGACCGAGCCUUCAUUUUGUAACUUUGACUGGCCCCCCCCCCCCC